UCACAAACUUGCUACUCGACGACCUACAUGUCGCGGAGAUAGUACGCUCUCUUGAAUGGCUGCUGUGGUAGAUGCGCUGCCUUACUAUGAUACAGAGCCGACAGACGAAGAACGCGAUGCUGUAGAUGCUCUGAUCGAGGCAGAAUUGCCCAAAAAGCAACCGCUCCAUCCAUCUCUACAGGCCACAAAGGAAUGGCAGCCACGUUCCAAGCUCAUACAACAAGAACUGGUACGUGCUGCGUCUGGAGAAAGGCUAGCGGCGAUAGACUUGACGCGCUACCAGGACUUGCAAUUAUCGGAAGAGACGACAGAUCUGCCAGCACUCAUGCGGCGUAACGUGAUUGCAGUCGAGGCGAUGAAGACACGGCUGGACAAUCUGAGCUUGUUGAAGCAGUUUGGUGCGAAUGCAUGGAUUUAUCACGUCUUCAAGCUCGAGCAACAGCUCAAGGGACUAGAGCGUGCAUUACAGGCGACUCAGCAAGAGACGGAGCAGCUCAAUGCACAGCGGAAACGAGAACAGAUCAAGGCAGGCGAGCGGAUAGGCGAUCUGACUGAGAAAUGGCGAGCGACUGUCUCUGGAAAUUUGGAACUGAGUGUCGCCUGUGCGAUGCUCGAGGCUGAGAUUGAGGUCGCCGAGACUGCAUAGACAAGGCCGUCCAGACGGUCCAUAUCAACUUAUUAUCAGGCCCUGGAGCCCCUUUUUUGUAGACGAUGAAAUUAUAUUUUGAAGAAUC